UCUCAGUUUAUAUAAUAACGCCAAGGGAUUAGGAAGUGCACGCCACGUGAGCUGUUGACGAUUCGACUGUACUUUAUUUUCGAAUAUUUUGUCAGAGAAAAGUGGCCUCCCUGCCAAUACCCUGGACCAUGGCGAGGGGCGUUGCUGUGGCUCUCUUAGCCUCUGCAUUGAUGUCGCUGACGUCGGCACAGCUUCCCGAGGCUUCAGCUGACGAACAAGCAGCGGGCGGGACACAGGCGAGGCGGGUGUGUUACUUCGAGUCGUGGGCGGUGUACAGGCCUGGCCCCGGGCGGUACGACGUGGAGGACGUGCCGGCGGCCCUCUGCACGCACGUCGUCUACACCUUCGUCGGGGUCUCCAACGUCACGUGGGAGGUCCUCCUGCUGGAUCCCGCGCGUGACGUCACCAACAACGGCUUCCAGAGAACGGUGGGACUUCGCGCCCGCAACCCCGCCCUCCGCGUGCUUCUGGCGGUGGGCGGCUGGAACGAGGGCGGCGCCAAGUACUCCCAGCUGGCCGCCCUCAAGCCCAGGAGAGAAGCCUUUGUCAACAGCGUCGUCCAGUACCUGUGGGAUUAUGGAUUCGACGGACUUGACCUCGACUGGGAGUAUCCAGGGUCACCAGAGAGAGGAGGAGUGCCCCAGGAUAAGGACAACUUCCUGGCCCUGAUCGAGGAACUACGGGCAGCCUUCACAGCAGUGGGUUUGGGUUGGGAGUUGACAGCAGGCGUUCCAGUGUCCAGAUUUCGUCUAGACGCUGGUUACCAUGUACCCCAACUGUGCAGGGCCCUGGAUGCAGUACACCUCAUGACGUACGACCUAAGAGGUGACUGGGUGGGUUUUGCAGACGUCCACAGCCACAUGUACCCACGACCCCACGAUUCACCUUACUACAGCCAGUUUAACGUCAACGACGGCGUGCAGUUGUGGCUGGACUACGGCUGCCCCAAGGAGAAGCUCGUGCUCGGGGUCCCCUUCUACGGCAGGACCUACACGCUGCUGGACCCUGCCAACAACACCAUGGGCUCGGCCAUCUCCGGACGGGGUCUGCCGGCUCCUUACACUCGCGCUGAAGGCUUCAUGGCUUAUUUUGAAGUAUGUAGAUAUCUCAUCGACGACCCAGAAUGGAAUCAGGAAUACGAUGCCUUUGGACUGGUGCCUUUCGCCUACAGAGGCGAUCAAUGGGUGGGCUACGACGACCUUCCGAGCGUCCGAGUAAAGAUGGACUUCAUUCGGUCCCGGGGCCUCGGCGGCGCCAUGACGUGGGCCAUCGAUCAGGACGAUUUUAACGGCUGGUGCGGCCAAGGGGUUAACCCACUGAUGUCUGAACUUUACUUCGGAAUGAAAGACUACGCGGUGCCUCUCCCUCCCGGAACAGACACCAGGAAGAAUAACGUUGGUGUUCCUCCUGUUCCCGGGAAUGGUAGCGCCUUUGGUCGUACAUCGGGCUCACCCUUGCGAAACGGGAGCGCGCCAAGUGGUCCUUCAACUCGCGCGGGAAUCGUGGUCUCCGCUGCCUUCGAUCCUCCAUCCUUCAUCCUCCCCGAAUUCCGGACGACCACGGAGGCUGACCUGUUCGUGAGGAACCCGUUCUUCAGAGACCGCGACCUGGGAAUUAACCCUUUCUACACGAGCUCCGAAGCCCCGACCGAAGCCCCGAAAGCCAGUCAAAGCACCACGACGAGACUCUCCGAACCCGACCCAUUCCCACAGGACAAGAUUCCCGAUGACAACAUGAUACCCAACAGUGAACCCCCGGAACCCCCAGAGAGAACGGCCGAGAGGACCACCAAAAGAGGUCCGUUAGCGCCCGUGACCACCGCAUCGAGGACGAGGAACGGCCGGAGAGGAAACAGAAGACAGACCGGAAAUAAAGUUACAGGAGAGUGA